UUGUCAAGGGCAACCUUUGGAAUUGAAGUAAACAAUUUUUAUUUAAAAACGCAUUGUAUACAUUAUAAAUUUUCAUUGUUAUUUCAAGUAGUUGUCCAAUUUCUCCUGUUCUGUAAAAUAAUGCCGCGACAUAAGACUCUAAUUGAUAUAACUCAGCGGCUAAUGCGUCGCUUCGAAGAAGAACGUGACUUGGAUGUGGAAGAGGAGUUCAUUGCCUAUGUUGUCCAUUUACUUGCUCGCGACUUACGACGUGGCCUUCUCAAAUGUGACCUAAAUAAGCCACGCGCCUGUGAGAUAAAUAGAUUCAUUGACGGCAUCAUCAAAGAUUAUAUGGAUCCAACGGAUCCCACAAUGACCAUUAUGAAAAUGUCAUGGAUCAUGAAGAAGGGCAAAACUAUCGAUUUGAAAUAUGUAAAAGAGCAAUAUGAAGAGAAAUUCCAAGAGGAAUUGGAUAUUCUAAUUGAAGAUAUACUUCAACAUCCAGAGACUUGUAGUAAAUUACAAUUGGAUCAAUUGUUUUCCAAAAUGCAAGUAUUCAUUGUGGCCUGCUACAAUCUCGGUUCACCCAAAAAUCAUGUUCUCCUGAAGCUAACCGCCCAGGCACUAAAUAGCGUUAUAGGUCGCAGCGAUUUACAGAAUUAUGUGUUGAAAAAGAAAUAUCAUCGUAUGGAAUAUUUAAAGAGAUUGGCUGCCACAGUUGGUGGUAUUGUUAUAUUUAAUAAUGAUACACCAGAAGGUGAUAGGCAGAAUGUAAGAUAUGUUAUAGAAGAUCUUGAGAUGGCUCAAACCAAUACCGAGGAAGCUUUUCAUACUGCCCUUAAGCAAGCUAGCCAAAUGCGUUCCUUCUGCCAAAUGGCAGUAGAGGAGAACAUUAAAAUUGAUGCAAACGACAUGACAUUAUCCUAUCGUGUGCCCCUUGAACGUUUACAGCGACUCAAUCAGUUCUCUUUGAUGUAUGCCAUGUUUUAUCGUUGCCUCAAUACCUUACAUCUGAGCUAUGAGAAUACAAAAUAUUUGGUUAAUGUAGAACAGAAACGUUAUCAAUGUGUGAUAGCGAAAAUUAAUGAUACUCUGUCCAUGCGUACGGCCAUUGAAUCGGAAUUAAUAUUUCCCCACUUUGUGUAUUUGUCACAAGUUUGGACCAAUUUGAAUAAUUUUUUAAAUCACAUUGUCGAGCUAAACAAAUUGCGUGAACAUUUAGAGUCUUUGAUUCCCAUGGAUAUUAAAUCUUUGGCUGAAAGCACUGUGGCGGAAAUUCUGGCUAUAAGACAGCGCAUUAAAUCGGAUAGUGUAGUUAGCUUUGAUGAGCGCAUGGCUGCUCUUAAGAUGCAUCAAACAGAUGGAAAUUUUUGCAAUUUGGCUCGUGCUGAUAUCAAUGAAUUCUGUGCAUUAACUUUGACUAUAACCAAUGGCCUCAUUUUGCCAGCCCAUGUACAACGUAAACUCUGCAUGAAUGUGAAUAUAUCAUUUGGUUUUCGGGAUCAUCGUUUUGCACGUUACGCUGAAUUGCGUUUUGAGCAAUUUAUUGAAGCCUUUCGUAAAGUCAUAUUUCAGAAUGCCAAUUUGGCUUUGCUAUUUCAUUUGGAUGAAGAGCUAUUGAGGCAAGAAUUAAGCGAUUUCGUUGAGGUGCCAAGCAAACAAAUAGAUUUCUGUGGCCAAACCGAAAUGGUAGUCACCAAUGAUCUGUCUGUGCCCAAUUGGAUCAAUGUUACAUGGAAUGUUUGGGAUUAUCAUAGAGAAACAAUACAUUUGGCUGAUAUACGAAAGAAGCAGACACGCGAUACCCAAACCAAGGUCAACUAUGGUCAACGUAAUGCCCAGAAUCAAGCUAAUAGCCCAAGGCGAGAAAUGUGAAAAGUAUUUAGCCUUACCACGUCUGGCCUUAUCCAUAUCGAUGUAACAGAAUAAGCGAUUUGUCACAAAGUAAAUAUAAUUUUUGGACCAUAUUAGUGCAUAGAUUUCGCUCUUAUGUGGUGAACGGUAUAGCUCCUUAAUCCUCAUACGUUCUACAUCGAUGAUGCCAACCUGAAAUUUGAUUUAAUUUUUAGUUUCAAUUAAUAAUAAAUUGCAUAGAUGUAUGACAAAUUA